CAUGGCUAAACUCCCAAACCGGAAAAAGCCGGCUCAUUAAUUUUAAUAAUUGAAGAACCACCAGGAGUGUGCGCAGCAGCUGCAUAAGAAUUAACGACCGGACAGUCAGACACCCUUCAUUUCCUCGUUUUCUUCCCUCUUCUCUCCCUUGUUCUUGAUCUAAGUAUACCCUUUCUCUCCAUUUCUUCUUCCGAUUCUCAUUUCCCGCCGCUUCCUCAGAUCUGCUUUGCCAAUCUGCAGAAUCUGUCUCUCCGCCUUUACGCGUCUCGCAUUCCAGAAGACAACUUAUUGUGAAAUAGGAUUUGAAUCAUCAAGAAAUCAAGAUCUGUGGAGUUGGGUAAUGGCUUCAACAAUUCAUCAUCCUUCAGCUGUAUUUGCUGGAAGUUUGGCAUCUGGACUUUCAGCUUCAGACUUCCUCCAUUCUUCUAGAGAUUUUGUUUGUGAUGUGCCUUUGAAGGCCCUGGGUAGAGUGAGAUUGGGAUCCAAGAAUAGAGAUUUUGCAGUCACUGCAUUGCUUAAGAAGCGAAGAAAAAAACAUGACUAUCCAUGGCCACAACCACAGGAAAUCGAUCCAAAUGUUAAGGGAGGAGUGCUUCGCUAUCUAUCUCCUUUCAAGCCUUUGAAAGAGAAGCCAAAGCCUGUUAUAUUGGACUUUGAGAAACCACUUAUUGACCUACAGAAGAAGAUAAUUGAUGUUCAGAAGAUGGCGAAUGAUACUGGGCUUGAUUUCAGUGAUCAAAUUAUACUACUGGAAAACAAAUAUCAGCAGCUUCGUGAGGAUCUUUACAAGCGCCUGGCACCUAUACAACGAGUUAAUAUUGCAAGGCAUCCUAACAGGCCAACAUUUCUUGAUCAUGUUUUCAAUAUUACUGAUAAGUUUGUAGAGCUUCAUGGUGAUCGAGCAGGAUAUGAUGACCCAGCUAUUGUUACUGGUCUUGGCAUGAUUGAUGGUCAAAGGUUUAUGUUCAUGGGCCAUCAAAAGGGGCGCAACACAAAGGAGAACAUAAAACGAAACUUUGGAAUGCCCACACCACAUGGUUACCGGAAGGCUCUACGUAUGAUGCACUAUGCAGAUCAUCAUGGUUUCCCCAUUGUUUCUUUUGUUGAUACUCCAGGGGCUUUUGCGGACACCAAGUCAGAGGCAAAGGGACAGGGUGAAGCAAUAGCUCAAAACCUGAGAACAAUGUUUGGUUUAAAAGUUCCAAUUAUCUCUGUUGUUAUAGGAGAAGGUGGAUCAGGAGGUGCUCUUGCUAUUGCCUGUGCCAAUAAAGUGCUCAUGCUUGAAAAUGGAGUAUUCUUUGUUGCCAGUCCGGAGGCAAGUGCAGCAAUUUUGUACAAGGAUUCAAAGGCUGCUGGAAAGGCUGCAAAGAGGCUUAGAAUUACCGCCCAAGAACUGUGCAAGCUGAAAAUCGCUGAUGGCAUUAUCCCUGAGCCAAUUGGUGGUGCACAUUGUGAUCCAUAUUGGACAUCCCAGCAGAUUAAAGCUGCUAUUCUUGAAGCAAUGGAUGAACUUAAAGAACUGGAAACAGAAGAGCUGUUACAGCACAGGAUGCGCAAGUUCAGGAGAAUAGGAACUGGUAAACACGUCCAGGAGGGAAUUCCUUUAGAUCCGGAUUUGGCAUUCAACUUCAAAUUGAAAGAAGUGCCCAAGAAAACUUAUGUACUGGAGUUGAUGAGUGAGGUUGAGAGGCUGAAGUUACUGGCAUCUAAUGCCAAUGAAUCAGCUUCAAUGAUUUCUCGUUCUAGUCUGAAAGAGAUGUUAGAGAAGCUUUAUAGAGAGUGUGAUUAUGAAAAUAUUGAGGUUGCUGAGGUCUUGGGUCUUAGAGAAACAAUUGAAACGCUAAGCACAGAGUAUGCUGAGAUGAGGAACUCGAAUAACCCAUCCAUCCGCCAGGCUUUUAUUGAAAAGCUUGGCCGGCUGAAAAAUGACCUCAACCAAAAGCUUCUCGAAUCUCGUAACUUUAAGGGCAUAAAACUUAAGAUUGACAUGAUUAAAGAAAUAUUAAGUGCUCUGGAUCUCGUAGAGAAAAGUUGCGGAGCAGGUGGCUUGAAGUGGAAGAUUAAUGAGAAAUACAAAGAAGUCGUAAAUCGGGCUGAUCUGAAGCAGAAGAUUGAGGAUAUAAAGGCUAUCAUCAGGAAUAGUGGGGUGUCAAAACUAGAGGAGUUAGACAAAGAUGUGAAGGAUUCGCUAGCUGAAUUGCAGAGUGAGAUAAAAUCUGAAUUUGCAGCUGCUCUUGAAGCUUCAGGUCUGCAUGUUGGUCCACCCUCAGCUUUAGAUGUGAAAAUACAUAAAUAUCAGAAAAGAGUUCGUCAUUUCCUAGAUGAUGUUGUGAAAUCGACUGAUUUGAAAAACAAGAUUGAGUUGUUGAAGAGGGAAGUAGCCAAGGCAGGUAACACGCAAGAUGAGAAGUCAACCAUUAAAAUUAAGGCUCUGCAACAGGAAAUAAAGCAGCGCCUAAUGGAGGCUUUUGAAGGAUCUGAUUUGAAAGAUGAGUAUGAGAAGCUGCAGUCACAGAUCUCAGAGUCCAUUGAAACUUCAGAAGGGAUUUCAUCGAAAGGGGAUGCCGAACCUGGACGGGAGGGCGAGAUUUCAGAAUCCAUUAAAACUUCAAGGGGUUCAAAUGGGAUUUUAUUUGAAAGUGCUUCUAACCCUAAUAAUUCGACCCUUGGAACUGCCCGGCUUUCCAAAGGGUGUAAUCCUUAAGGCUGAAGAUAAUACUUAAGUGUGCUCUAAGAUCAUCCUUGCUCCUUUAAAAACUCUGAUUUCUUGUCAUGUUGUCUUCUUUGUAAGUCAUUGAUGUUUAACCUUUUUCUAGGUUAGGAUCCAUCAUGCAUUUGGCUAGAUUUUUAUUGUAUUUGUAGUGGUGUAUCUGUUUCAUGUUUUUGACAGGUUGGAGAUUUUUUGUUUUGGUUGCUUUUGGUAGUAGUAUGUUUGCUUUGUAUUACAUACCGGAGAGUUGGCCCAAAGACAAGCGAAAUAAAUAGCGGCCUGAAGAGUAAUGAACUACGGACUAGUACUGAUUU